CCAACUCUUUGUUCGCGCUGCCUGCCAGAAAAGGUGUCAGAAAUGCACGCCAAACCUACACCAUACACCCGCACGAUCCCCAUUUGGCCAUCAUACAAUCCUUUUAAGGAUAUGGUCAAAUAUUAGCUUGUUGUUCUGUCGACCUUGGGAAAGCCAUAAGCAACUGAGUCCUUUGUUGAAGCGCCUCUUGACUUUGACUGUCAACCUUUCUUCUCAUCACCGCAAAUUUGUUCUACUGUCGACGUUUUCCACUCUUCCAAACUUUUAUCUAUUAACUCCUAACAAGACCUUUGUUUCUCACUAUGGAGGAAUUCUCAGAUCUACCCUCGAGAGAUGUCUUCGGCGGCACCUCCCAAUGGAUCUCCGGCACAUUCCACCACUUCAACACAUACUUAUACCUAUACACUGCACUGGCAGGGAUCAGCGCCCAUCUGCUUCUUUUUAAAUACGGCGAAUGGCACAUGCAAGCUCCCGUACUAUUCCGACUCUACGUCAUCGCUACCUUAUCCACUACCAUCCUCGCAAUCGUUGUCCAUGGGUAUGAAACCGGGACAUGGAGGAGUCUCUCGCUCAAUAUCACAUUCAUGUUCUCGCUUUUCUCUAGUAUUGGCAUAUACAGAGUGUUUUUCCACAGACUAAAGAAUUUCCCCGGUCCUAUUAUGGCGCGUACCACUAAGUUGUGGCAUGUAUGGAAGUGCAUCACAGCUAGAUCAAGGAACCAUCACGUCUUAGACAAUAUACACAAACAGUAUGGGGAUUUCGUUCGGACGGGUCCAAGCGAAAUCACAAUCUUCCACCCCGAAGUAUUCACGGCGAUCGACGGACCACGAACCAAAUGCACGAAAGCAGACUGGUACGAUAUCCUGCUUCCAGAACUCGCCAUCAACACCACCCGUGACAAGGUCGAGCACGACCACCGGAGGAAGAUAUGGAAUACCGCGUUCACUUCGAGUGAUUUAGUAGAGUACCAGCACGGUGUUGUUGCGAAGCUCGCGGGGGAUUUGGAGAGGAUUGUAGAGAGGGCUGCUCGGGACGGGGAGGUGGUGAGGUUUAGUGAGUGUUUGAACUGGUUCAGCUUCGACGUCAUGGGCGAAUUCGCCUUUGCCCAAUCCUUCCAUAUGCUGCAAAACCAGCAAUGGCACCAUGCAGUGACACUGAUCCGCGAGGCGUCGAAGAUGCUCGGAAUCUUUAAUCCAGCACCAUGGUUAACGCAGAUCGGAUUCCAUAUCGGUGGAAAUUGGCUCCAUGGUGUUAGAGAUUGGAAUGAGGGUCUUGGGUGGUGUAGAAUAAGGAUGGCGGAGCGGAUUGAGACUCAAGACGUAAUGAAGAAGACAGACAUAUCGUCUCAUUUGAUCGAGGCAUCGCGAAACGCAGGUAUGAUCACAAAGCAAGACCGGAUGUGGCUCAAUGGCGAUUCAAUAACCCUGGUAGUGGCCGGCAGCGACACAGUCUCAUCAACCCUAACCUUCCUCUUCCACACCCUCGCCCUGCACCCUCAUCACCAAACAACUCUCUUCCACGAACUCUCCAACCUCCAUGAUUGCACCAACCAAUCCGCAUUAGCCAAACUCCCUCACCUCAACGGCGUCAUAAACGAAAUCCUGCGUCUCCACCCCGCCGUCCCCACUGGAGGGAAUCGUUUAACUCCCGCUGAAGGAAUCACAGUAGCUGGGACGUAUAUCCCAGGAAACACAAAUAUUGUGGCGCCGAGAUAUACGAUUGCGAGGUUGGAGAGCUGUUUUGAGAAUGCGGGGGAGUUUAUGCCGGAGAGAUGGUACGAGAUUGGGGGUGGGGGUAGGACGAAAGGGUUUGCGCCGUUUGGGAUGGGAAGAUAUGCAUGUGUGGGGAAGCAGUUGGCAUUGGCGGAGCUGAGGCUGGUGACGGCGCUUUUGGUGAGUAAAUAUGAGUUCAGGAUUGUGGAUGGGAAGGGGGGUGAUGAUGAUGGAGCGGAUAUUGUGGAGGGUAUGAGGGAUCAGUUUACGGCGCAGCCCGGUGGAGAGCUGAAAUUGAGGUUUUGGUUGAGGGGAGCAGAGGGAGAAUAG